AUGGCAUCCAUCUCAUACAGAGAUUCCAUUCGAUGGCUACCCGAUGAGGCCAGCGAACCCACCGAUACCAUCGUCUUGUCAUCUUCGAAAAGCAACGUCUUCGUAGACGUAAGAUUCGUAAAGGGUACGAAGGAUCUCGACUGGGCUUUCGCUGGAUAUCGAUCUACCUUGGGUCCAGAUGCGACUCAGUUCAUUCAUCUGAUUGAUUCUCGUACAUUGGAUGCACUCAGCGUCGAUGACCGAGGAACCAACAGCGCGUUGCCCGACGAUAGAACAUUAGAAACUGGGACGAUGGUGAACCCUGCUACGGGAAAGAUGGCGGCAUAUGAAGAAAUCUGGCGAGAAGAAACGAGCGACCAAUUUCUGUUUGCCAAGAACUACGAAGGGACGACAUGGCGGGCGAGGGUCGGACGAUGGCAGGUAGCUCUGGGACGUAAUCUGGACGGCGAAUUCUGGGCAUGGCAAGCAGAGAAGGACGAGAACGGAGCGUGGUUGAUGAGGAAUAGCACAGAAACUGGUCUGCAGCAUGCCGACUUGCUGCCGGACGACAUGAUGGUGCUCGACAAGAAUUGGGUCGUGAUUUGA